AUGUGUGAUGACUUAGAAAGAUUCAUUGCAUUCACAGAAAGAGGAGGAUUUGAUAAGAAUCAAAAACUCAAAUGCAAUUUUUUCCCAUAUUCUGAAGAAGGAUAUUCAUUACUUGAAUUAUGUUGUUACUACGGAGCAGUUGACUAUUUUAAGUUAUUAAGAACUAAAUUUAACUCAGAAAUAACACAAACAUGUCUCAGACUUUCAUUUUUAGGAGGAAAUCAAGAAAUCAUGAGUGAAUGUUUGAAAUAUCAAACACCAGAUGAAGAAUGCAUGGAAUAUGCAAUUAUUUCUCACAACAUUGAUUUUGUUACAUUCUUGAUGAAUGAAUACAAUUUAGAGAUGGAUUUAGAAAAUUGCGGAUGGUAUAAUAAUAUGGAAUCGAUUUUUGUUUAUUUUGAUCAAACUAAUGAUGUUAACAAAUGCUUUCUUUAUUCAGCAAGGUUCAAUAUUCCAUCCUUACUCGAAUACUUCUUUUCGCGUGGUGCAAAUAUUAAUGAAAAAAAUAACGAUGGAGAAACUGCACUUCACAUUACAGCAUCUCAAAAUAGUAUAGAAACAGUUGAGUUUCUUAUUUCACAUGGUGCAAAUAUCAAUGAAAAAGAUCAAUUUGGACAAACUGCACUUCAUUGUGCAGCAGAAAUUAAUAGGAAAGAAAUAGCCGAACUUCUUAUUUCACAUGGUGCAAAUAUCAAUGAAAAAAAUCAAUAUGAAGAAACCGCUCUUCAUAAAGCAGCAUGGCAUAAUAGUAAAGAAACUGCCGAAGUUCUCAUUUCACACGGUGCAAAUAUAAAUGAAAAAGAUGAAUAUGGAACAACCGCUCUUCGAAAAGCAACAUUGAAUAAUAGUAAAGAAACAGCCGAACUUCUUAUUUCACAUGGUGCAAAAGAUGAGUAUUUCUACAUAAGAUGCUUAUUGUUUAAUGCUCUUCUUGUCAUAUUUUAA